AUGAGACCCAACGGUCGGCUCAUCGUAGUCGACAGCUUGCUCGCGCCUGAAGGUCAAUACACCAGGCAGGUCCCUGUGAGCGUGGAGUUGCAGGACCUGCACAUGGCGGUGAUGCUCAACGGCAAGGAGCGCAGCGAGGUCCAGUUCCGCGAGGUGUUCGAAGCCGCCGGCUUCCGCAUGCUGAGCGUCACUCACACUCGCGGCAUCUUCCACCUCGUCGAAGGCGCUGUCGCUCAGUGA